AUGAGACGGUGACACUUUGCCAGCCGUAGUUAGUAGUACAGAAUCAAUAGAAAAAACACUAAUACUACCACCUGAAAAUUAACAAUUUCUCACUGCAAUUUCACUUGAAAAAGAAAAACAUGGAUCUGGGUUUUUAUCUAAAUGCCCUGAUCCCUUCAUGGGACUCAGUUACUAUAUUGGUGGUGUUCUUUGUUUAUCUAGCAGUCUUCGGAUCUUUAUUACCUGGAAAACUCGUUCCUGGCGUGAUUCUACAGGAUGGCUCUCGUUUACAUUAUCGUUGCAAUGGGUUGUUGUCAUUGCUGUUGUUGGUUGCUCUUCUUGGAAUUGGAGCUAAAUUGGAUCUUGUAUCACCUACUGUGAUUUCAGAGAGAGGGUUUCAGCUUCUAUCAGCAACUUUUAUAUUCAGUGUUCUUGUGACACUGGUACUCUAUGCUGCUGGUCGCAGUUCACGAAACCGGGGUUCUUCUCUUAAGCCUCAUGUCACUGGAAACCUAAUACAUGACUGGUGGUUCGGAAUACAACUCAAUCCUCAGUUUUUGGGCAUUGACCUUAAGUUCUUUUUUGUUAGAGCUGGAAUGAUGGGAUGGCUACUUAUUAACCUAUCAAUUCUUGCAAAAAGUAUUGAAGAUGCCACCUUAAGCCGUUCAAUGAUCCUCUACCAAAUGUUUUGUACGUUAUACAUCUUGGAUUACUUCUUCUAUGAAGAAUACAUGACCUCCACAUGGGACAUAAUCGCAGAGAGGUUGGGAUUCAUGUUGGUAUUUGGUGACCUGGUGUGGAUUCCUUUCACUUUUAGCAUCCAGGGUUGGUGGCUUUUGGGUAACAGGGUGGAGCUAACAACAGCUGCUGUUGUAUCAAAUUGCUUUAUUUUUCUGAUUGGGUAUCUGGUCUUUAGAGGAGCUAACAAGCAAAAACAUGAUUUUAAAAAGAAUCCUAAAGCUCUCAUAUGGGGCAAGCCACCACGAGUUAUCGGCGGAAAGCUGCUUGCUUCUGGUUAUUGGGGGAUUGCGAGACACUGUAAUUAUCUCGGGGACUUAUUGUUAGCACUGUCCUUUAGCCUACCUUGUGGAAUAAGCUCCCCUAUACCAUACUUUUAUCCAAUUUAUCUCCUUAUUCUUCUAAUAUGGAGAGAAAGGAGAGAUGAAGCUCGCUGUGCCGUGAAAUAUAAAGACGUAUGGGUGGAAUACCGGAAACUUGUUCCCUGGAGAAUAUUACCAUACUUAUACUAAGAACAAAAUUCUGAAAUAGUUGCUGGAUACUUACAAUUGUAGGAGCAACAUAGAAGGGUUCUGUUUCAGUAAGAUGUUUAAUUUUCUAGCAUUGUUUAGUUAGCAUUUUUCUCAAUUUUAGCUUGAUGUUCAAUUAGUUUAUCAUCUUAGUUUUAUGCUUGUUAUGAAGAUUUCAGGGAAUUUUGCUCACUCUGUUGGGUUUUGGAUGGUGGAAA